UUUAGCAACCAGUAGCGUCAAAAUGGCGGAUGAUGACAAAAUACUCCAAGAUUUACAAGCAGAUCUGCAAAGGGCUAAGUCAUUAGAUCAGCAUUUGUCAACUUUAGCGCGCCAAGGGAAUGAUAAGCUGGUUCAAGAAUUUCUUACAGACAAUGUCAGAAUACAAAUAUCUGGUCCGUUAGCCAAGUCUUCGCAACUUUAUGUUGCUUGUUUUUGGGGCAUCAAAGAUACUGUACAGAAGCUUCUGGAACUUGGUACAAAUCCAAAUUUUCAAAACAGUUCAACACUGUGGACCCCACUUCAUGCUGCUGCAUUUCAGGAACAUGGUCCGGUUGUUAUGUUAUUGUUGGAAUAUGGAGCUGAGGCUGAGAUUCCAGAUGCUGAAAACAGAACAGCUGCCCAAUUCGCCUCAGCUUCUGAUGUAAUCUGGCCACUUUUUGCCGCACUGAACAUCCCCCGCACCCCACGCAGUGAGCUGGUGGAGAGGAAUAUUUUACGACCAGGUUCUGGAAUGAUGCAGACAAAGAGCCCAAGCUUAGGAAUAAAUAUAGUUGGCUACAAGCCCAGCCCCCGCAGUGAAGAGAGGGCGUACUUCGCUGCUGUGUCUGGUGAUGUCCUGGCCAAUCAGGAGGAUGAGAUGGGACCACCUGACACCCGUACACAGCCCAAUUAUUCCAUCUGGAAAUAGAACUGGCCUCGGAGACAUCAAAUGACUCCAGCGGUUGAUGUCAGUGAUGUGGCAUGCAGGAUUGGUGUCAUACAGCAGUGGUGUCAUGUGGCAUUGGUGUCAUACAGCAGUGGUGUCAUGUGGCAUUGGUGUCAUACAGCAGUGGUGUCAUGUGGCAUUGGUGUCAUACAGCAGUGGUGUCAUGUGGCAUUGGUGUCAUACAGCAGUGGUGUCAUGUGGCAUUGGUGUCAUACAGCAGUGGUGUCAUGUGGUAGUGGUGUCAUGUGGCAGUGGUGUCAUCCAGCAUUUGGUGUCAUCCAGCAUUUGGUGUCAUCCAGCAUUUGGUGUCAUGUGGCAUUGUUGUGACACAAGAACUGUCUGUCCUACAGGACUUGUAGACAGAUCCGGCAACUGUCCUACAGGACUUGUAGACAGAUCCGGCAACUGUCCUGGUCCUAUACAGCCAUGAGAAAAACUUGCUAAAAAUAGAUUGUGAUGUCAGCCCAUGCUAGAUACAACACAUUACAAGACAAGUUUGGACAAAUGGCUGAAAGUUUUGUUGUACACUUGCUGGUGUGGGGGAGUCGCCCAGUGGAACAGGUUUUGUUUUCAAGUUUUUCAAGGAAUAUAAAAUAAGAAAAUAUUUUCAAAUUUGGUACUGAUUUGGUUUUGUUUUCAAGUUUUUCAAGGAAUAUAAAAUAAGAAAAUAUUUUCAAAUUUGGUACUGAUUUGGUUUUGUUUUCAAGUUUUUCAAGGAAUAUAAAAUAAGAAAAUAUUUUCAAAUUUGGUACUGAUUUGGUUUUGUUUUCAAGUUUUUCAAGGAAUAUAAAAUAAGAAAAUAUUUUCAAAUUUGGUACUGAUUUGGUUUUGUUUUCAAGUUUUUCAAGGAAUAUAAAAUAAGAAAAUAUUUUCAAAUUUGGUACUGAUUUGGUUUUGUUUUCAAGUUUUUCAAGGAAUAUAAAAUAAGAAAAUAUUUUCAAAUUUGGUACUGAUUUGGUUUUGUUUUCAAGUUUUUCAAGGAAUAUAAAAUAAGAAAAUAUUUUCAAAUUUGGUACUGAUUUGGUUUUGUUUUCAAGUUUUUCAAGGAAUAUAAAAUAAGAAAAUAUUUUCAAAUUUGGUACUGAUUUGGUUUUGUUUUCAAGUUUUUCAAGGAAUAUAAAAUAAGAAAAUAUUUUCAAAUUUGGUACUGAUUUGGUUUUGUUUUCAAGUUUUUCAAGGAAUAUAAAAUAAGAAAAUAUUUUCAAAUUUGGUACUGAUUUGGUUUUGUUUUCAAGUUUUUCAAGGAAUAUAAAAUAAGAAAAUAUUUUCAAAUUUGGUACUGAUUUGGUUUUGUUUUCAAGUUUUUCAAGGAAUAUAAAAUAAGAAAAUAUUUUCAAAUUUGGUACUGAUUUGGUUUUGUUUUCAAGUUUUUCAAGGAAUAUAAAAUAAGAAAAUAUUUUCAAAUUUGGUACUGAUUUGGUUUUGUUUUCAAGUUUUUCAAGGAAUAUAAAAUAAGAAAAUAUUUUCAAAUUUGGUACUGAUUUGGUUUUGUUUUCAAGUUUUUCAAGGAAUAUAAAAUAAGAAAAUAUUUUCAAAUUUGGUACUGAUUUGGUUUUGUUUUCAAGUUUUUCAAGGAAUAUAAAAUAAGAAAAUAUUUUCAAAUUUGGUACUGAUUUGGUUUUGUUUUCAAGUUUUUCAAGGAAUAUAAAAUAAGAAAAUAUUUUCAAAUUUGGUACUGAUUUGGUUUUGUUUUCAAGUUUUUCAAGGAAUAUAAAAUAAGAAAAUAUUUUCAAAUUUGGUACUGAUUUGGUUUUGUUUUCAAGUUUUUCAAGGAAUAUAAAAUAAGAAAAUAUUUUCAAAUUUGGUACUGAUUUGGUUUUGUUUUCAAGUUUUUCAAGGAAUAUAAAAUAAGAAAAUAUU